AUGCAAACGUUCAACCUGUAUACAAAGGAAGCUGGUGGAGGAGAACUUAAAGUAACAGUGGAGGGGCCAUCGAAAGCCGAAAUGCAUAUCCACGAAAAUGGGGAUGGAAGCUGUAGUGUCGAUUAUAAAGUGAGCAAAUCGGGUGAAUAUGUUAUGGGCAUCAAAUUCAACAAUGAGCAUAUACCGGAAUCACCUUUCAAAGUCUACGUGCCACCAGUCACCGAUGAAGCUGUGCCGCUCGAGUUGGCAUCAUUUCCGGAAUGGGGUGCGCCAGGCAAAAAAUGUGCCUUCUCAGUUCUUGCAAACUGUGCACCAAAUCAGCUUGAGGCUAAAGUGCGCACGCCGAGCAACAAAAUCAAACCGGUUGAAAUUAUCCAAGCGGCUGAUGGCGAGUCGUACACUUUUCAAUUCAUUCCUUCCGAGACUGGUGUCCAUUAUAUUGAUGUGACACUUAAUGGUUUACCGAUACGCAAUUCGCCUUUUGGUUUGCGCAUUCGAGCAGAUUGUGAUCCAACAGCUGUAAUAGUGAGUGGCGCUGGUAUUCGUAAUGGACACACUGGUCGUGAAUGUGAAUUCAUGGUGAACACGAAAGAUGCUGGCUCGGGACUUCUUCAAAUUCAAGUUGAUGGACCAUCAAAAGUCACGCUUGAUGCAUGUGAGGUAAAAGUGACA